GAGAAUUUUUGAGUGUGGCGCUCGCAUACUCACUCUGUAAUAGCAAACUCACCUUAUAAAUUUUGUUUUAAUCUAUCCUACUCUUUAAAUCCCAUUACGUUUAAUUUUUCUAUUAAUUGUGAUCUAGUUUUAAGUAAAUCAAUCUUGUUAUUGAAAUAAUUAAAAUGGAUUAUCUAGGAGCUGAUCAAAGAAAAGUUAAAAAAGACGAUGAUGACAAAGAGAAAGACAUUAAAGUUUUGGAUGAAGUCGAUAUACAGCUUCUAAAAACAUAUGGUACUGGUCAAUAUAGCCGGGCCAUUAAGAAAGUUGAAGAUGAUAUCCAAACGAUACUUAAACGAGUAAAUGAAUUAACAGGAAUUAAAGAAUCAGACACAGGACUUGCACCUCCUGCUCUAUGGGACUUAGCAGCUGAUAAGCAAACUUUACAGAAUGAACAGCCUUUACAAGUUGCCCGGUGCACUAAAAUCAUCAAUCCUGAUUCAGAUAGUCCAAAAUACAUUAUCAAUGUGAAGCAAUUCGCUAAAUUUGUUGUAGAUCUGGCUGAGAAUGUUGCAGCAGCAGAUAUUGAAGAAGGAAUGAGAGUUGGUGUUGACAGAAACAAAUAUCAGAUUCAUUUACCGUUGCCUCCGAAGAUUGAUCCUACUGUCACUAUGAUGCAAGUGGAAGAGAAACCCGAUGUAACUUAUAGUGAUGUAGGUGGUUGUAAAGAACAAAUUGAGAAACUCAGGGAAGUCGUUGAGACACCUUUAUUACACCCGGAAAGAUUUGUAAAAUUAGGAAUAGAGCCUCCAAAAGGAGUUUUAUUGUUUGGUCCACCUGGAACUGGUAAAACUUUAUGUGCACGGGCUGUUGCAAAUCGUACUGACGCCUGUUUCAUAAGAGUAAUUGGGUCUGAAUUGGUUCAAAAAUACGUGGGAGAGGGUGCUAGAAUGGUUCGUGAGCUUUUCGAAAUGGCACGAAGUAAAAAAGCCUGUCUUAUUUUCUUUGAUGAAAUUGAUGCUAUUGGUGGUGCUCGUUUCGAUGAUGGAGCUGGUGGGGAUAAUGAAGUUCAGAGAACUAUGUUGGAACUUAUUAAUCAACUUGAUGGUUUCGACCCUCGUGGUAAUAUUAAAGUUCUUAUGGCUACUAAUAGACCAGAUAUUCUAGAUCCAGCAUUGAUGCGACCUGGAAGGUUAGAUCGUAAAGUUGAAUUCGGUUUACCAGAUCUAGAGGGUCGUACUCAUAUAUUCAAAAUUCAUGCUCGAUCAAUGAGCGUUGAAAGAGAUAUAAGAUUCGAGCUCUUAGCUCGACUUUGCCCUAACAGCACUGGUGCUGAAAUUAGGAGUGUCUGUACGGAAGCUGGUAUGUUUGCAAUUCGAUCUAGGCGUAAAGUAGCAACGGAAAAAGACUUUUUAGAAGCCAUCAACAAAGUCAUAAAAAAUAAUGCUAAAUUCAGUGCUACCCCAAGAUAUAUGACUUACAAUUAAUUUCUCUUCACGAUCUUCAUAUUUUUCUUACAUCCAAUUUAAUUAGCAGAUAUGAGAUUUCGUUAAUAAACACCAAAUUUCUGAAUAUUAA